AUGUCGUCGUCUCAGCAAUCCUCCGGUCACACGUGGACUGAGGGUGAUUUUGAACAUCCUAAUGAGAAAAUUCGCCACUCGUUGAUCGUGGCGCUCGUUUUUGCAUUCACGUUGCCCACGGUCGCUGUUGGCCUGCGACUUCUGGCUCGAAGGAUGACUGGGAGCAGGCUGUUCCUGGACGAUUAUUUGAUUCUUGUUGCUUUGCUUUUCAAAUAUGGAUGUUCGACCGGCGUUGUCAUUUUGCUUUACAAUGGCCUCGGCUCUCAUAUCGAGACAGUUCCAAAAGAGAAUGUUGAACGUUUCUUCAAGAUCGGCUGGGCGAACCCAUUCGUCUACACUGCCAAUGUGAUGUUCAUCAAACUGUCAAUCCUGGCUCUGUAUCGGCGAUUGUUCGCCAUCAAGUAUAUGCUGUUUGGCGUCUAUUUCAUGGGCAUGGUAGUCAUUCUCUGGACUGUGAGCAUCUGGGUCGCUGCUACUCUCAACUGCAUCCCUGUGCCCAGGUUCUGGGAUCGAUCAAUUGAAGGCGCCUGCAUUGAUCCCGACACGUUUUAUUAUGCCACGCAGAUUCCUAACAUCGUCUCUGACGUAAUUCUCCUGCUUAUGCCACAGGGAGUUGUUUGGUCUCUCCCAGUCGCCAAGUCCCAGAAGAUGCUUUUGUCCUGCGUAUUCAUGGUUGGCGGAUUGGCUUUGAUUUUCGACAUCGUUCGAUUGGUGGCUAUGCUUCGCCUGACCCAGCAGGGUGAUGACAUUACUUACUACCAAAUGCCGGUUGUCAUGUGGACCUGCACCGAGGCCGGUGUAGGUAUCAUCGCCGCAUGCCUGCCAAAUCUGCGACCACUGUUCAAGACUGGAAGCCGCAGUUUCUGGUCCCAGCUCCGAUCUUUCAGCCACGGAUCUUCAAAGGCGCAUUUGAACAGCGAUAUCUCGGGUACGACAAACUCGAGUGGAAACAGGAGUUUCCAAAAGGGACCUGUCGAUUCCUGCGUCGCCGAGGAAGGUAUUGAGGUUCAUCGGUACAGCAGUAUUAUUGGAGAAUCCGAAAAGUAA